CUAGAAAGUGUAGGUACAUCUUAAUUCCACAACCGUUAUUUUACCUGAAUGAGCUGUGAGAACGUUUGAGUGGCAGUUGUGUGUGUUCAAUUUCACGUGAGAUUUUGACCGGCGUGACAAUGUCAAGUAGUAGCCGUGAAAUUUCCUGGUAUAGUGAGAACUGCUCUUUGCAUCUCACGGGACAUCUCACGGCAGUGAGAUUUACCUGAGGAAUGAAGCACUACUUUUUACAUCUCACUUGAGCAUUUUACGGUCGUGAGAUUACCAGUAUGAGGUGUCAGAUUUCCAGUAGGAGACUUUCACCUGUUGAACUAUCCCCUGAGAAAAUCGGAGUGGUUUCCAUAUCACAGCUUAUUCUCACGCCCGUGAGAGUUUAAUUACAAGCCGUGAGGCACCCUGCGUCUGAACGAGCAAAGUGAAAAUUGCACGGGUGAAUCUCACGCCCGUGAGAAGUUACAGAUGAGCCGUGAGAAAUCCAACAUUUCAACUCCAUAAACACGGCUCAUCUCACGGCCGUGAUAUUGUCGAACCCAACCCGUGAAAAUCCAUGGGAAACUGAGAACUGCAUUUUUACAUCCACGGCCUCUCUCACGGCCGUGAUAUUUCCAGAAUUUCAAAUCCAAAAACACGACUUCUUUCACGGGCGUGAUAUUGUUGCAUCCAAUCUGUGAAAAUCCCUGAAAAACUGAGACCUGUAUUUUUGCAUCCACGGGGCGUCUCACGACCAUGAGAUUUCCAGAAUUGGCCGUGAGAUACAUUCACCUGUAGAACUAACCCUCGUACUUAUUAUAAUGGUGUAAGAAACAUAACAUAUUGUUUUUGAAAACUACAAGCUUAUGAAAAGAUGAGUCAUAAUGUUCUUUGAAGCUAGACACGAGCAUUACAGGUUGUGCUUGGAUCGUUUGGGAAGUAGAACAGAUUCUUGAGUCUCCACAUGAAAGUUGCUUUCACCUGCUCCUGUGGACUCGAAGUUGUGUUCUUGUUGCGUGAAAUGACUAUCACCUGCACCUGCUUCAGCCAUUCUUUUCAGCGGGCAAUUUCUGAUUGUAUAUUUAGGACGCCUACAAUACUUGCACAACCGUCUUUUCACUUGAGGUUGCUUCACAUUCCCUUUACUUCGAAAUGGAUGGGGGGUCCUUAAUAACUCAGUUUGUCUCCUAUACAAAAGUGCCAUGUCAAAAUGCUUGACAAACUCAAACAACUUCAUCUUACUCUGCAAGAAUUUGUCUAGAUAAGAGUUCAUGCUCUCACAACGUUGUGACGUAGUCAUCCCAGCAAAGAAAGUACCUUUCAAGUAAGUUGUUGCCUAUAGAGCUCGUCGCCUAUACAUCUUCUUCAUCCGCGCAUUGUGCUCCAGAUCAUACUUGGACAAAAUUUUCUGAUUUUCUGCAUUCAACUAAAAACAACCAACAAAAUGAAGUUUAGAGACAAUUAAAAUCCACAUUUUCACCACCCACAACCCAGUGAAUCCAACAAUACAUUAAUCAAUUGUAUCGACCUAAAAAUCAGUUAUUCCCCCAAUACCCAAUUCAGGGUGCUUAAUGCAAUCUACCUACAUGUCAACAAAUUGUAUCGACCUAGAAAUCAACAAUCUGAUGCAAGCCUACAGAAGCUAUAGUAGACAUGGAAGACUGGCUUUGGUUGGUCUCUGCCCUGAACAGCCAUGGAGGACUAUCUAAGCAUAGGAUCAUCUACCAACAAUAGUUGAAGGUACAACUUAGCACAACAGCAGUAAAGGGUAACAACUUAGCAUUCAACAAUCAAUUGGAGAACAUACAUAAACAGGAGAAUGCUAGUUUACCCUUGGCGAGAAGAGAGAAGAACAGACACGGAACAAGGCUACAACGAGAAAGCCAUGUAUAAAUCCAAGUUAUGGAUGCCCUCGAAGCAGAGCUACUCAAGAAACACCAACCCUUCUAGAGCUCUGAAAUCGGAAGGAAACCCAAAAUAUACGACCAAAUCUCAACGCCAAUCCGUCCCUUACGAGUCACAGAACAGAGAAGGCGCAAAAAUUAUACCCUCUUUCGCCGCCGCCGCCGCGGUACGCGAACUCCGUCCUUGCUUCUAGAUGGAGCGAAUCGAGCUGAACUGAAAUCAAAGAACAACAGAAAAAUUGAAGAUCACCAACAACGAUCACUAUAUACCCAAAAAAAAGCUCGACAAAACAAGAACAUCAAUUCAAUGAAUGAGUGCAGAAGAGCAUUCCACGCACCUCAACUACGUCGUUCUUCACAAAACAACUAGCCACCAGGCGAGGGGGGAGAGAAUGACGUAGCAGCAGCACGGGUUAGGAAGGGAGGGGGCGCCAGUUUCCAAACGACGCACCCUUUCAUAGCUGAGCGAGCAGUACGAAUUUUCGCUUUAAUAUGGUCCUAGCGCAUCUGCGUUGAGCUACUCUGGAGGCGACGGAGGACAUGGGUGGGAUGAGAAGGGGUCGGGACAAGUGGCGGCGGAGGUGAACCGAGUGGUGGCUGGGCAGGCGGAGGAGUAGCUGAUUGAAGCGCUUGAGACUUGGAUCGAGAACCCCCAGAUCUCGGUGAUGGGGUGGUGACGAAGGGAAUGUUGUGGCUGGGUAGCUCGCCGAUGUACGAAUUUUAUGGGAAUUUACAGUCGAUGUAUCCAACCCAAAAUUAGAACGGUUAAACCCAAAACCGUAAUCAGACGAUCACUCAGCCAUAUACCCUAAACUCAAUCUCACAUUAGUUGACAAUUAGAUGAGCUCAACCCACACCGUAAUCAAAAGCUCACUCAAUCAUAUACCGUAAACCAAUCCCACAUCGGUUAACAAGUAGAUGGGUUAAACCCAAAAUCGUAAUCAGGCGGUUGCUCAACCAUAUAACCUAAACCCAAUCUCACAUUGGUUGACAAUUAGAUGGAUUCAACCCAAACUAUAAUCAAAAGCUCAGUCAAUCAUAUACCGUAAACUAACCCCACAUCGGUUUACAAUUAGAACGGUCAAACCCAAAACCGUAAUCAAACGGUCACUCAACCAUAUACCCUAAACUCAAUCUCACAUCGGUUGACAAUUAGAUGGGUUAAAAUCCAAAACCGUAAUCAAACGGUCACUCAACCAUAUACCCUAAACUAAAUCUCACAUCGGUUAAAAAUUAGAUGGGUUAAACCCAAAACCGUAAUCAAAUAGUCACUCAGCCAUAUACCCUAAACCCAAUCUCACAUUGUUGAUAAUUAGAAGGGUUAAACCCAAAACCGUAAUCAAAAGCUCACUCAAUCAUAUACCGUAAACCCAAUCUCACAUUGGUUGACAAUUAGAUGGGUUCAACCCAAACCGUAAUCCAAAAGCUCACUCAAUCAUAUAUCGUAAACCAACCCCACAUCGGUUAACAAGUAGAUGGGUUAAACCCAAAACCGUAAUCAAAUGGUUACCCAACCAUAUACCCUAAACUCAAUCUCACAUCGGUUGACAAUUAGAUGGGUUAAACCCAAAACCAUAAUCAAACAGUCACUCAACCAUAUACCCUAAAUUCAAUCUCACAUCCGUUGAUAAUUACAAUGGUUAAACCCAAAAUCGUAAUCAGACGGUCACUCAGCCAUAUACCCUAAACCCAAUCUCACAUUGGUUGACAAUUAGAUGGGUUAAACCCAAAACCUAAUCAGACGGUCAUUCAACCAUAUACCCUAAACCCAAUCUCACAUUGGUUGACAAUUAGAUGGGUUCAACCCAAAUCGUAAUCAAAAGCUCACUCAAUC